AACAACACAAACACUCUCCUUUCCUCUCAGCAAAAUUUCAAAUCUCUCUCGAAACUUUUGAAAAUGCUUGCAUUCAAACCCGAAGAGCAGUUACAGCUCAUUGAACGUGAAGAGAUCGAAGAUGAAGAUGACUUAUUCGAGGCUAUUGAUAAACUGAUCUCUCAUGGAAUCAAUGCUGGGGACGUGAAGAAGCUGCAAGAUGCAGGGAUCUACACCUGCAAUGGCUUGAUGAUGCACACGAAGAAGAACUUGACUGGGAUCAAAGGGCUAUCGGAAGCAAAAGUUGACAAGAUCUGUGAAGCAGCUGAGAAGAUAGUGAAUUUUGGCUAUAUUACUGGAAGUGAUGCUCUGCUCAAAAGGAAGCAGGUAGUUCGUAUCACAACUGGAAGCCAGGCACUGGAUGAACUUUUGGGAGGAGGGAUCGAAACUUCAGCGAUCACUGAAGCUUUUGGUGAAUUCAGAUCUGGAAAGACACAACUUGCUCAUACUCUAUGUGUCUCUACUCAGCUUCCUACUAGCAUGAAAGGAGGGAAUGGAAAGGUGGCUUACAUUGAUACUGAGGGAACAUUUCGGCCAGAUCGUCUUGUGCCCAUUGCUGAAAGAUUUGGAAUGGACGCAGGAGCUGUUCUUGACAAUAUCAUUUAUGCUCGUGCAUACACAUACGAACAUCAGUACAACCUGCUUCUUGGUCUGGCAGCAAAAAUGGCUGAAGAGCCUUUCAGACUUCUGAUUGUUGACUCUGUGAUUGCUUUAUUUCGAGUGGAUUUCACUGGAAGAGGAGAACUUGCAGAACGUCAGCAAAAGUUGGCACAGAUGCUGUCCCGAUUGAUAAAGAUAGCUGAGGAAUUUAAUGUUGCUGUUUACAUGACUAAUCAAGUUAUAGCUGAUCCAGGUGGAGGGGUGUUCAUAUCAGAUCCAAAGAAGCCAGCAGGAGGUCAUGUCCUUGCUCACGCAGCAACUAUAAGACUAAUGUUCAGGAAGGGCAAAGGAGAACAGCGUGUCUGCAAGGUGUUUGAUGCACCAAAUCUUCCAGAGGCCGAAGCAAUAUCCUACUCUUAUUAAAUUAGCUUUCCUUCUCUAAUCAUUCUUUUCCACUGAGUCAAGUUUAGCAGCAAGGGGUUAACUAGAAAGUUCACCUAAUUAAGUUUUUUUUUCCUGGUCACCUAUUAAGUUUUCUUAACAAAAAACACAUUUUUCAGAUAACACCAGGAGGAAUUGCAAAUGCUAAGGACUGAAGAUCAGCUGGGACUUUCUCUCUGCAGCAGAGAGCUGCUUAUGCUUACAUUCCCGCUUUCGUAUUUUGAUGCUUACUUUACUUCUUAGUGUUAGCUAUAAAUAUAUCAGUCUAGCAUAAAAAGAUGUUUGUAAACCACUGUUUUGUCACACUUAACGUGGUUGCGCGUAGUGUUAUCACUAAUAUAGUUAGUUUCUUGCUCUUAGUCUAGUUAUCGUGUAUUAUCAUAGACGGUUUACAAAAUGUUGACAUGCAAUAGCAAUAAUAUUGGCAGUUCCGGUUAGCAUGCAAUUUUAGUCCCAAUACUUCAUCCGAUCAUCUAUGUUCACACAUCCUCGGUUGUCCUCUGAUACCUGACAACCUACCUUUUUGACAAGGCAAGUUGUUAUGCAGCCAGAGCCACUUUCCUGCAAAAGCAUAUUGUGCAUAUAGUGUUAUGUGCUUAGUUUACCAUCUUUUAAGCAACGACUGUUUCUUAGGCCUUAGCCCAACUUUUGGGUAUACUACAAUCUCAAUGCACAAGGGAACAGAUACCUGACCGCUGAUGUUUCUUAUUAGCAAGAAACAUUAGCCAGACAGCAAUAUUGGCUAAAAAAACACUUGUAAAUGGAAAAAGCAAGGG